AUGAACAACGCGCAAGAUAUGUCUCCCGAUUUUGUCUUGAUGCGCCUGGUUUCCGCGGCCGAGGAUGACCGCUUGGACGAGGAGAAUGGGAAUCUGUCCUCGGGUGGAGUGGUGGCAGGACUCGGUAAAGAGGUCUUGGCUCAUAGUAACAUGAAAGGGGGCUUGGAAUUCGCCCGAGAUCCUACGACAGGCCUCGCGCAUUCCGGCCAUCUCUCUUCGCUGAACAAUGCACAGCAGAGCGGCGGAACGGCGGCACCUGACACGGGAGUGAUGGCGACUAGACCGUCGGUGUCUAUUCCUCCUCCUCCACAGAGCGCCAUGGAGGCCAAGGGCUUUGAGUUCGCCCACAGAGGCGGCUUACGGCCUCAACUCCUGGUGUUUCCUAACAUAUUGAGGGAUGGUGAGGUGAUUUUAGACCGUGAAUCCGACCAUCGGAAUCAGUCGAGGGAACAUAUUGGUUUGGACAAGACCUCCGGCUCUGGCUCCGACCUAAGCGGAGGCAUCAAUAACAAUACGCUCAGCGCCGGCGACGCGCAACAGCAGAACCAUCUGUCCCAGAGCUGGGGUCUGCAUCCCCGGGCAGCAUUAUCCACGGUUGCUGCCGAUAUCGAGGGAGGUGAGCUAUGCCACCGGCACCGUUUGAUCACCAACCCAUCAGACUGGCCUCCAUUAUCGGAUAAAUCCAAUCCUCUCACCAUAAUAGAAUCGAAAUGGGGGUGCACACCCGGGGAGCUCCCCGACGGCCCGGUGUUCGACCUGGCCAGAAGGUUCGGGGAGCUGGGGCUCGGCGCAGUACCCAAGAUAUUAUUCAAGGACGGGGAGAUGCCCCAGUGCUCGUGUCAGGGCGCACAUGGGCCGGCACCGGCGGGGAUGGGGCAUGGGGAUGACCCGACUGAGACUAGCGAUGCUUUGUUAGUGCUGGAGGGGCCUGGGGACUGGGGACGUGGCCAGCCUGGGUAUCACAGGCUGCCCCGAGGACGAUUCAGAUGAAAGUCGAGCACGUCGAGUUCAGAAGAUGUCCGGUGCAUUUUCUCUCAGUAGCUUUCAAGCAGAGUUGACAAGACAGAUGGAAGGGGCGGCUGGAGAGCCUUGUCCGUCGGCGCACGGUGAUGCACAAGGAUGUAGCCUGCAUGGAAACGUACCCAACCCAACUCAACCGAGCCCUGGAGAUACAGAACAGAAUCCGGAGGUGUCGACAUUACCUGGGGCCUCUGCGACUACACCGAGGUCGGACCGACUUGUCAGUCCAAACCCUAGCCAGGCAUCGACACCCCGGAAGCGGGCGGACAAGUGCGUCAGUGCGCCCCGGACUCCAACCGGUCGGGGAAGCGCUGGAGAGAAAACACUAAAAGUUCCAGGGAAGUCCAGAAAGGGCUCACUUAAAAUACGCCUGAGUAAACUUUUCAGAACUAAAAGCUGUAGUGGUUCCAAUAGCCUUCUGGAUAAGAGGCCAUCAGUGGCCUAUUCAAUCUCCUCUGCUGGAAGUCUGAUAGAUAUGGCCAGUGCAAGUGGUGGGGAGCAUGACGUGGACAGGUAAGGACUUCCACACUUUUAAGCAUUGUGAGUAAUUACUGACUGUAUGCCUAUAAUUUAUAAUAGGCUAUAGAGGUCAACUCAUUUAUUGAUUGAUCACAGUGCCAGGUAAUAUUGUAGGACCUAUCCUAAAAUAUAACAUUUUCUAUCAGGAUAUUAUAGGCCCAUAACUGUCAGAAUCUUUUCUAAAUUUGUGCUUUUCUAAAUCUAGGCUAGAUAACUCUAACAUCUAUUUUUCACCCUAUCACUUCUAUAUUCCAUCCCUUUAGAACUUAUUUCAUUCCUAUUUUGCUGUCUUUCUCUUGCCACAGCCAACCCCGAAUGACCAGGGCCCAAAGUGCCUUCUCUUCUGCUUCCUUUGUUCCUUUCACUGGUAAGGGGCUCUACUGUUUCUUGGCUGAGGAGGCAAACUCUGGUCCAAGAACUGACGUUUCUUUACUAGCAUCACUCUCUUCCUCUGUCAUUUCCUUUCUCAUUUGUGGCACUUGGUCUUUCCCUCUCUCUCUUUCUCUUUCCUUCUUUCCAUUGCUGGGUGUAGGUGAGACUGUUUCAUUGGUGGAUGUGGAUAUUUCGAGGAGAGGGGCGAACACUCCGCACCCUCCCACGCCUCCACCUCCGCCACGCAGAAGUCUCAGUCUAUUAGGUACUUUACCUCCUCUCUUUCUCUCUGUUCUUUCUCUCUUUCUCUCUGUUCUUUCUCUCUUUCUCUCUGUUCUUUCUCUAUUUCUCUCUGUUCUUUCUCUCUUUCUCUCUAUGUGUGUCUCUCUGUAUAGUAGCCUAUUUUUCUCUGUGUGCUUCCUUGUGUCCCUCCCUUUCUUGCACGCAUCUCUUUUGCCUAUGUUUCUACCUGUAGGCACACACAAACACUAAAAAGGAUUCCUGCAUACCCUCACUCACCCUACUCUCCGAUACCCAUCUUAUUACCCUCUCCUGAAAGCUAUAUCACAGUAAUAUCACAGUAUAUAAACAUGCCCAUUCUGUUCUAUGGUGAUGGAGAGCCUAAUAGCUUUACUCCAUCUCUGACCCCCACGGCAACACUCACAUCAACAGCCAUAAGUCUGAGGGACUGUUGUAUUGUGGCCUUAUAGACCAGUGUUUCUCAACGUUGAUCCUGGGGACCCACCCUCUCGACCUAUCAUAAUUGAAUGUUCAGCCAAGCAGUGGUACAAGGACAAACCAAUUUACUGAAUGUCACGUUGAAUCACACAUUUCUCUCAACCUAGAAAUAUAACCAUACAUUAGAUGUUGUUUUGAUUUGUUAGUUACCCUAGAAUACUUCAAGGAGUACAUUUUUAUCCGAAAAACGAACACUACAAAUAAGUCUUGUUAAUUGGUCGAGACGAAAACUUCACAUCACAGUGGGUCCAGAGGAGCGGAGUUGAGAAAGCCUGUGAUAUAGACCCCUCCCUGGUCUGAAACCUCCCCUUCCCCUCCCUGCUCUGUUCCAGAUGACAUAGGUGGGCCGCAGCCUGGUCCUUUCCUAGUGAGUGUUAUGGGGGCCUCCCUACAGUCCCUCCCCCUGCCUCUUCCUCCUCCUCAUCCCUCCCAUGCCACCAUCCAGCAUAGUAUCAGCCUCAAUGGUAAGACACCAGAGAGCAGAGAGCUGGGAGCUGUGCAUGGGGCAAACAGGGGGAGGGUGUCGUCGGGGGAUAGAGCACGUAAUGGCCAGAGCUAAGACUCUGAAAAGACCAUAAUACAAAACAGUACCAAUAUGAUAUGUUUAUAAUGCUGUAUUUAUAAACGUGUGGAUAUAUCAGUAAUCAUAAACAUGUAUAAUAUCUGCAGUUAUGAAUAUAUAUGUAACAUAAAACCUAUAUGCCUGUCGGCCAAUGUCUAAGGUCGUAGAGUGGGUAACAUAAAUAGAGUGAUAUGUUGUGACACUUGCGUGUUGUGGUGAAGGUUGCAUAAUUGCCAUCAGGUCAAAUACUGUAAGUGCUUGUAGUCAGGAAAGACUAUACAGACCAAUCAGCGUGGAAAUGAAUCGUGAAGGUGCAUGGUGUGCGGUCGCAACCAAUGCUUGUCUAAUCUUUUUAUUAUAAAUAUGCCUUGAGAAUUAGUAUUUGUGGCACUUGGUCUGUCUAAGCAGUCUUGCUCAAAUAGAACAUUCAUAUCACUGUGUCUAACUGAAUAUUUCUCUAUUUGUUACAGAUGCAUUCCUCCGGGCCCUGCCUCACUCCACCUCUUCACAGCUCCUCUCAGCCCCUCCCCCUUCCAGGUUGGCCCCACCCCCAAGGCUCUGUCCUCUGAGGAGGCCUGAGGCCAGCAACUUCACCGCUAGUCUGAGAGAGCUGGAAAAGGUAAUUGCGACACACUCAACGACACUCGCAAGUACACAUAAAUAUUGACUGAAUAUAGACCCACUACUAAUCGAUUGGGUUACAUACGAACAAAUAUGUACAAACCUUUCAUUGAUGAUAACUGCCUUUUUUACAUUUACAUUUACAUUAUUUAGCAGACGCUCUUAUCCAGAGCGACUUACAGGAGCAAUUAGGGUUAAGUGCCUUGCUGAAGGGCAAAUCGACAGAUUUUUCACCUAGUUGGCUCGGGGAUUAGAACCAGCGACCUUUCGGUUACUGGCACAACGCUCUUAACCACUAAGCUACCUGCCGCCCCGGUGUGUGUGUGUGUGAUAACAAACCUUUAAUCGAUGAUAACUGCCUCCUUGGUGUGUGUGUGUGAUAACAAACCUUUAAUUGAUGAUAACUGCCUCAUGACAUUCAUUCAGUUCUGUGUUUGUAUUUUAUUCUAUGGAUGAUGUGUGUGUGUGUGUGUGUGUGUGUGUGUGUGUGCGUUUGUAUGUGUGUGUGUGUGUGCAUUUGUGUGUGUGUGUAUGUUUCUAUGAUAUUAGUUCCUAAUCACCUACAUGUCUAUCCCCAGUGUGGCUGGUACUGGGGUCCUAUGAACUGGGAGGAUGCAGAGAUGAAGUUGAAGGGGAAGCCUGACGGGGCGUUCCUGGUGAGGGACAGCUCUGACCCCCGCUACAUCCUCAGCCUCAGCUUCCGCUCCCAGGGAGUCACACACCACACGCGCAUGGAGCACUACAGAGGUGAGUCGUGUGUACUGUAAAUAAUCAUAAACACACACAGGCACACACACACAGUCAGUCAAUCACACAAAUAUAAAUGUUGUAGCUAUAUAAUCACUCAGUCAUUGUGUUCAUUAACCCACACACACACACACAGGCACUCACAAGGAAGCACACACACAGAGCAAAGUGGUGAGUCACCCACAUACAAAGUGAGUGAAACAUACAUGACAUAUGGAUAAUGUACUUCUAACAUGACUCACAGACACACUCAUCAUGCAGUGUACAUACAUGACAGACAGAAAGCAUGCAGUUAAUUAUAUUUAUGUUUUACACAUACUGCACAUAUCAGCCACCUAACCCACGGGGUAGCUGAGAAAAACAAGUUUGAUACAUGACAUAUUAUAUAAUAUGUGCUUAUAACAAGUAAUAAUGCAUUAUACCUGCACACUUUAAAUAAAGUGGUACCCCAAGGUUCUAUUUCAUUCCCCUUUAAAUGGUAUUUGGUUCUGUUUCAUUCCCCUUUAAAUGGUAUGUACGUGUGAGUGUUCGGUGUAACCUCAAGUGGUGUGUCCCUUCCAUGUCUCCGCCUAUAGGGACAUUCAGCUUGUGGUGUCACCCCAAGUUUGAGGACCGAUGUCAUUCUGUGGUGGAGUUUAUCGAGCGAGCCAUCAUGCACUCCAAGAACGGAAAAUUCCUCUACUUCCUGCGAUCACGUGUGCCGGGUAAAAAACUGACCCCAUUCCUACACAGCCUAACUAAUUAGAUGUUUAUGUGAACUACCACUUAGUGUGGUGGUUGGAAUGACAGUAAGCAUAGCAUACAAGGUUGCUGAGAGGUUACGAGCAUCUGUAUUGGUUGUUUGUGCUCACUCGUGUGUGUGUGUGUGCACGUGGAAUGUGUGUGUGUGUUCCAGGGCUCCCCCCUACCCCGGUGCAGCUGCUCUACCCAGUGUCCCGGUUCAGCAACGUCAAGUCCCUGCAGCACCUCUGUCGCUUCUGCAUCCGACAGAUGGUCCGCAUCGACCACAUCCAGGAGCUGCCGCUGCCCAAGUACUGCCAUACUCAAUUUAUCAAAACAUUUAUUUGGCCAUUAAUUUUAGUAGCAUUCUCUCCUGAGCUUUGACAGAAACGCCUCAGCAUAUUCUUUUACUCUAAAUAAAGAAAUCUAAUCCUUGAUUGCCAACAAAAUAAACAUGGAUGAUGUGCUUUGAGACCAAGUGAAAAGUGCUAUAUAUAGCAGCUGUACUUUAAUGCAAUCCAUCAUCAUCCUCAUCUUCAUCAGUUUCCUUUCUUUUAUGGAGAGUGUUAUACACAGAGAGAAUACUACUUCACAUGCUAAACAUAAUGUAAAGGUAUCUUUCUGCAUAAGGGGUUACUCAUUUGACCUCUCUCUCUACAGACCGCUGAUCAUGUACCUGAGGAAGUUCUACUACUAUGAUGCAGAGGAAGAGAUGUACCUGUCAAUCAAGAGCAUUCGACCAGGGGCUGGAGUAGAGCAAGAGGCGGAGUCUCAGACGUAA